UCAAGCCGUAGUUGUGCGCACGACUGCAAACGAGACACACGUCGUUUCUAUCGAAAUUAAUAAAUCGUACGUAAUAAUACCCUUAAGAGGUAUUAGUUAAUAAAUAGAAGAAAAUGCUACCAUUUAGUGAAAAUAACCGUGCUCUGAAGUGUGUCAAUGGAUAUGUAUUCAACAUUAUCUGUUGCAUACUAUUCGCGUUACUUGCGAGCAGCGCUGAAGCUCUUCAGUUGAGCGCCUUUACAACUAAAACGCCAAGGGUUUCUAAAUAUACUACUAAAUCGCCAUCGGCAUCUUCGAUGAAUCAUGAUGCUACUACCUCGAUUUAUCGCUUAAAUGCUACUAAUGGCAUCACCUGCAUUCUAAUGCAAGUAGAUGGUCUAAUAAGUAUCCGAUAUCGGAAUAAGUUAAACGAGGAUGUGGAGGCCGACCUAUAUAUGCCGGAUAAUCCAGUCUUGAGUGGCGAGUGUGACAAUACGAAUUUGGAAAUAUUGACCAUGGACUUCAAGGGCUUUUCGCUAUCUAUGACUUUCAAAAAGUCGUCAGGCGGCGAGGGCUGGUACAUCAACGUUUUUGAGCUAACAUACUCCUCAUCGAAUCCAUUAUUCGAACAUCCCGACCGUCCCAAUUUAAAUGUGAAACUGACCUCUCCAGCACAAACACCCAUGUAUUUCCCAACACCUGUGGGCAAGUCGUACCUUUGUGACAAGGAACAAACUGUGAUUUUGUAUGCCCCUCACGAUUCCGGCGACCAGUCUGGUCACAUUGCGCGUCUUUACUUGCGCGACAUGCAUAUGCAAAGCUUUAUGUUCAAGGAGAGCGGAAAAUGGGGACCAUCCUUCCACUGUAGUGCCACCGGAUCCUAUCGCGAUGAGACGGCACCCUUAGCCGUAGGCACAGCACUGGCCAUUGCGGUUCUAUUGACUAUUUCGGGCUACGGUGGUUGGCGGUAUUUCAAAGUCAAGAAGGUUCAGUACGGGUCGAUGGAGUAAAUUAAGCAUCAAUGUACUACAAUUAAUUUGUUUAAUUGUUUUUGAAUCAUACCUUUCUAAUGUUAUUUGUUGUAGUCAGUAUUGAAGUAUUUAACUAUAUUAUCAUGU